AUGGUUGCUUUUUCGACCAACGCCUUGAGCAAGCUUCGCUCAGAGGAUCAGCUCACGUUUCUCGACUCGAUCGACCGCCUCCGCUUCCAAGGCAUCAACAACUACAUCUCCCUGCCACAAAUCAUUGUCUGCGGCGACCAGUCAUCUGGCAAGAGUUCGGUCCUCGAAGCAAUCUCGGGUGUCUCUUUUCCCGUCAAGGGCAACCUGUGUACUUGUUUCCCAACUGAACUAAUUCUGCGCAAGACCCGUUGCAUCAGCGCCUCUGUGUCCAUUGUGCCCCAUGAAUCCCGCGCCGAGACUGAGCGGGCAGCUCUCCGAGCUUUCCACCCAGAACUACACGGAGUCGAAAACCUCCCCGAGCUGGUCGAGCAAGCUAAGGCCGAGAUGGGCAUUACAGCCCAUGGUAGAGCCUUUGCCAGGGAUAUUCUCCGCAUUGAAGUGACCGGCCCAGACCGUCCUCAUCUCACCAUCGUCGACCUUCCCGGCCUCAUCCACUCCGAGACAAAGAACCAGACGGCUUCAGACGUCCACCUCAUCCAGGAGGUCGUGAAUUCCUACAUGAAGGAGCCACGCUGCAUCAUCCUGGCAGUGGUGUCCGCCAAGAACGACUUUGCCAACCAGGUGGUCUUGAAGCUGGCACGAGCGGCAGACCCGCGCGGCGUCCGGACCUUGGGGGUCAUCACAAAGCCUGACGCUCUGGUCCCUGGCGGCGACAGCGAAACCAAUUAUGUCUCGCUCGCCAGGAACCAGGAGAUCGAAUUCCGCCACGGAUGGCACGUUCUGAAAAACAUGGACUCCGAGAAAGGCUCCUCGGACCUUUCGACCAGGGAUGCUGAGGAGUCCCUCUUCUUCAGUUCAGGUGUCUGGGCCACCCUCCCAUUUUCCAUUCUCGGGAUUGACAAGCUGCGCGGACGCCUUAGCAGGGUCCUCUUAGAGCAAAUCGCUACAGAACUUCCCAGCCUGAUGGAGGAGAUCAAGCAAAGGUUCAAGACUUGUGAAGCUCAGCUCGAAAAACUCGGCGACCCACGAUCAAGCCCAGAGGAGCAGCGACUAUACUUGGUUCACUUGAGUCAAUCUUUCCAGGCACUCGUCAAGUCAGCGGCAGACGGCAACUACGACAACUCGUUCUUUGCUGAUGCCAAAACAACAUCGGGAUACGAGCAGCGCAUCCGGGCGGUUGUUCAGAACCUCAACGAGGACUUUGCGUCUAAGCUGUCGCUGCAAGGUCAUUACCGCCAGGUUAUUGAUGGCGAACCUGCAACUGCGGACACUUCCGAUCCGCACGAGGUGGCGCAAAUUUCCAGGGAUGACUUCGUCAAGCAAAUCGAGCAGCUGAUGAGCAAAACGCGGGGCCGUGAGCUGCCGGGCACCUUCAACCCAAUGAUUGUCAUUGACCUCUUCCGUGAGCAAUCUCGCCCCUGGGAGGAAAUCGCCCGCCGCCAUGUCGAGAGCGUGUGGGAGGCUGUCUCGAACUUUGUGAAGCUUGUCGUUACGCACACCGCAGACGGGUCGACGGCCAAGGCGCUCCAACAUGAGGUUUACGGCCCAGCCAUGACGGAUAUCCUGAAGGAGAUGCGCAACAAAACCACGGAGCUGCUGGAGCCGCUUCGAAGCAGCCAUCCGAUUACGUACAAUCACCAUUUUGCAGAGACCCUUCAGAAAAUGCGCACAAAGAGGCGGAGGGAGGACCAGGAGAAGAUUUUGUGCCAAUUCCUCAAGGUUUCCUCGCUCCCGUCAAGCACCCAAUUACACAACGGGUCUUACAAUCUUAAAGGCCUUUCUGACGCUCUGCUUGCGAGCAAUGAGCCAGACGUCAAGCGGCACGCCGCCAAGGAAGCCAUGGAUUGUUUAGAUGCCUACUACAAAGUUGCACUGGAAAGGUUCAUCGAUGACGUGGCGGUCGAGGUCAUUGAGGCCAAGUUGAUGUCGGCUCUGGGCGGCAUCUUGUCUCCUGUCUCCGUCUGUAUGAUGCCUGCUGAUGAAGUGGCUCGCAUUUCUGGGGAGUCUGAGGAGACCCGUGCGGAGCGCGAGCAGCUCAACAAGCAGCUCGACGUGCUUCGAAACGGCCUCGAGACGUGCAAACGCUUCGUGGGGUUCAGGAUCAGUGGGGAUUCAGCUUUUGUUUCUUCAAGGAGCCCCAUUCGCAACAUCCCCAGGGAUGAACUGAGCGGCUCGGGCAGCUGGGGCAACUCGGACAACGCCGAUAGCACUCCCCCGUCCCCUGAAUUUGAAGAAGAAGAAUACAUGUAG